GUACGCUGAGCACCCACAGCCCGCUCCUUCAUCCAUCUCUCUCUCUCUCUCUCUCUCUCUCUCUCUCUCUCUCUCUCUCUCUCUCUCUCACACACACACACANUCUCUCUCUCUCUCUCUCUCUCUCACACACACACACAAACACACACACACACACACACACACACACACACACACACACACACACACACACACACAGAGUCUCUCUCUCUCUUUUUUUUUCGGUGGGUUACAAACACAUUCACGCACACAUUGUCCUUCCUCACACUUUGGUUCUUCUGCGAGGUCGUCAUCCCGAUGGAUCGUCUGUCGAGGUCUGCGUUUUGGUGUUCGGGAGGAGAGGGCCGGGGAGGAGGAGGAGAAGGAGGUAGUCGCCUAUACGCCGUCUGCCUGUUUUGUUGUUUGUGUCUCUCGGCGGCGGUGGUCGCUGCCCAGACUGCCGGCGCUCCGGUUGCUAGACCUCCUCCUCCGAUGUACGCUUCAAACCCCACCAAAGGUGUUAUCGAUUCUUCUCUUUACUAUCCUGCAGAUGCACAGUGUCUUAUGGCAGCUAUCAAGAAGUUCGCUACCGCCGUAAUCGUGCGCGAUCGGACGAAGGCUGCGACGCUGUUGCGACUCGUUUUCCACGACUGCAUGACGACGGGCGGCGGCUGCGAGGCGUCUAUUCUGAGCGAUGGCGAGAUCAACAAUCCCGUCAACGCCGACUUGAAGAGAGUGGUCCCUGACAUCAACACCAUUCGAGACCAGGCGGGAAGAGAAUGCGGCGUGCUUCCGACGUUGGCGGACACCAUAGCCAGAGCUGCCGCUGCCGCCGUCACCUUCACCGGCCUCAACGAUGUCGUUUCCUCUGGGUUCCAAUUGGGACGACGGGACCUCGCUCCCAAUCAGCCUGGCAAUGAACCGACUACUUUGCCGAACGAGAACCAGUCAUUGGACGCCAUUUUGACAUUGUUUGCUACCUUCGGCUUAACCGCCAAGGAGAGCACCGUGUGGGCCAUAGGAGGCCACAGUAUCGGGGUUGCCGAUUGCGCCCAUUUCAGCUCGCGAUUGAGCAAUGUGAGCACUUUUCCCGGCUGCUUGCGGCCGGCGGAUCCCACCCUCGAUCCCAGUCUGGCUUGCAGAUUGGCUCGACAGUGCAGCAUCCAAGAUAUCCGCUUGCCCUUCGACUUUGUGACUCCUUUCUCCCUGGAUACCAGCUACUUCCAGCUGCUGCUGAAGAAACAAGGGCUUCUGAAAUCAGAUCAAGCAUUCUCUGCCCAUCCCCGAACGUCAGCUUUCAUACGUCAGUACGCCACUUUCCCUGGACUAUUCAGCGGAGACUUCCUCAAGGCGUUCGUAAAGGUAUCGCUCUUUAAUGUCAACAGCCCCCAGACUGCGCCGCCGACCCAGUAUUAUUACCCUUAGACUGUGCUCGAUCAGCUACGGUAGUGCUUUUUUCUGUUCCCUCUUAAUCUGGGAGAACUGCGGGCUCGUUACUCCGCAGAUAGAUAGAGAUAGGGCAUGCCAUGCAUAUCUUCCGAAACAGUUAGGCGCACUACUGACGCCCCUUUUUUGUAACUUCGCCCCACCUGCACCCCCACCCACGUUCAUAGACAGAUACAUAGAUAGGUAGAUAGAUAGAUAGAUACAUAGAUACAUAGAUAGAUAGAUAGAUAGAUAGAUAGAUAGAUAGAUAGAUAGAUAGAUAGAUAGCCAAAGAUAAAAUAGUUGUUGCCGA